UGCUUUGUGUAAAAGCAUUCUCCAUCCCGCUAAACACACUUGCCCCCUUCUAAGUAGCUACUCGAUCUCACUCACAAACACACCCAGAAACCACCAUGGCUCUCUCUCUAAGCUUUUCGUUGCCAACGUCGGCCACAAGAGCGCCGGUGAGCUCCUUCAGGAGACUACCGAGCCGUAAUCCAACGGUGAAAGCCGUAGGAGUGUUCCCAUCUAGGAGAAUUGAUCAUAAGAGGGCCAUCAGAAUUAGACCAUGCUCGGCAUUGGGAGAUUCGGUAGUAACAAGUGCAGUUACUGACACUGUGGCCGCGGUUGCUGAUACCACAACGACAACGACAACCACAACUGCAACCACAGAAGUAACCAGGGAUGAUUUCCCUACUGAUUUCAAGUUUGGUUGCGCCACUUCUGCUUUCCAGACAGAAGGAUCUGGAACUGAAGGAGGGAGAGGACCCGCCACGUGGGAUAGUUACAUACAAGAUGACACAGUUGAUGGCACAGAAAUAGCCGUUGAUUCCUACAACCGCUACAAGGACGACGUGCAACUGCUGAAAGAUAUGGGAGUGGAUACAUACCGAUUCUCCAUGUCUUGGUCAAGAAUCCUGCCUGACGGAACCAUAGACGGUGGAAUAAACCAGGAGGGUAUCGAUUUUUACAACAACUUCAUCGACGAACUGAUCGCAAAUGGGAUAACUCCAUUUGUGACACUGUUCCACUUCGACUUGCCCACAGCACUGGACACCAAGUACAGCGGUUUCUUAAGCAGUGACAUUGUGGAGGAUUUCAAAGCAUAUGCGGAUUUAUGUUUCAAAACUUUUGGCGAUCGAGUGAAGUACUGGGCUACUAUCAAUGAGCCACAAGUGUGGGGGCAAUACGGCUUCACUAACACCGCCGCAGAUGCAAACGCUGCCACCGAUCCUUAUAAAUCUUCGCAUAAUGUCAUAUUAGCCCAUGCUACAGCAGCCAAACUCUACAAGAAUACAUACCAGCCAACACAAGGAGGAGAGAUUGGAAUUCCGAUAGUGGUUGAAUGGUUUGAGCCAUACCAAGACACCCCGCAAGAUACAUUUGCAGCCAAAAGAGCAUUCGAUUUUUUGACAGGAUGGUUUCUGGAGCCCAUAAUAUAUGGUGAUUACCCAUUUGUUAUGAAAGCUUUGGUGAGGGAUGGCCUACCAGAAUUCACAGAUGAGCAGAAAGAGUUGGUAAAGGGCUCAUAUGAUUACAUUGGGGUGAACUACUACACCUCCAGAUACGCCGCUGCAGUACCAAUAACAAGCAACGAUGUCUACACCACUAUGGAUCAGUUCCAGCAUGCUACCAUCACAGUGGACGGAUCAGAUGGGGAGCCCAUAGGCGCUGCAACACCAGGGAGCUCUGAGAUCUACGUAUAUCCAGAAGGGCUGAGAAAGGCAUUGAUUUUGCUGAAGCAAUACAACAAUCCCAAAAUCUACAUUACUGAGAAUGGAUAUCCGGAAGCACGAGAUGACACCCUUUCAGUAGAAGAGGCUUCGAUUGACGAUGUUCGAAUUCAGCACAUCAAGGAUCAUCUCGCCGCUGUCAAAGAUGCCAGAGCUGCUGGAACAGAUGUGCAGGGUUACCUGAUGUGGGCACUGAUGGACUGCCUGGAGAUGGGAUCCCUAUACGCAGUUCGAUUCGGUCUCAACUACACUGAUUAUCUCAAUGACUUGGUCAGAACUCCAAAGAAGUCCGCCGCCUGGCUCAAAGAUUUCUUGGCUUCAACCACUUCAACUUGAUGUCAGUACGUAGCUUUGGAUUAGAAGAAUAAGACACAGCUUAUGGCAAGAACUUCCUUUCCUUGUGAAAUGCGGAAUAAAAAGUAGGUAUAAGUUAAGAGUGGCACACCAUGCGCAUGUGAUGCCUUGCCUUGCCACUUUGAACCCAUGAAUUUGUCUAUUUUCAAGCAGGCCUUUCUUCUAUUUCAGGAUUUUUUUUGUUUUUUGUUUCUUGGUGUGAUUUUUGCACUUAAUUACUGGAUAUUUCAAAUGACAUGGCCUAAAUAUUGUCAUUUUCAUUCAUAUAAUAAAAUAUCAGCUCUGCAAACAUGAUUAAAGCUGUA